AUGACUAGGUCAUAUCAAAAAACGACGAAAUAUUCGGUCGAGAAGUUCGAAAGAGCGGAAAUAAAAAUAUCAAAUGUAAAAUUAUCAGAAAGUUUUGUGGAGGAUGUUAAAAAAGCUCUAGAAAAGAGUUCAAGAGAAGACAAAAUAAGAAAAUUACGCGAAGUUUCUAAAAAUUAUGGUCACUUCUAUGCUAAACGUAUUGUUUUUGGAGGAGCAAUCAUAAAAAGUAUAACUGAUAAAAAAACAUCGAAAAACAGGUCUAACGGCUAUAAAUUAAGCAUAAGAGCUCUCAAACCAAUUCCUAUUCUAAAACGUUUGGCGGAAAAAUAUGAUAAAGAUCCGGUCAUUUGGUCCAAAUCCCUUGAAAACCCAAACACGUGGGCAAUUAUUGGCUACGACGAAAUUACUUCAAUAUAUGACUUGUUAGAUGAGGAUUUAAAGAAUAAAGUUCUAGAAGUUUUCGGUCAA